AUUUGCAUAAUACUAAUCGAUAGUUCACAAGAAAUAUAUAGAACAGAGAAAAAGUACCUUUCAUAUCCCACAAGUCUUGCUUAGUGUCAUCAAAGUGAGACGACUGUACACACUUUAUAGUAAUAGUAAUAAUAGUCGUAAUAAUUGAAAAACACAGCUUACACCCGAUGUCUUCUUCAAGACCAAGAUUAUUAUCGAUCAAAUUCUUUAUCCAAGAACCAGGAAAUACUGACAAUACAGUAUAUCGAUGGAUGGCACCAGUUGCAGCACGGCAUUUAGAUUGGGAUAAGGUGAUUAAAAAGUUGCAUUGUGUAACGCAUAAAAAACAUGGUGGCUUUGAAAUGACAUGGUUUGAUGGUUUUCAUCACUGUGUCCUAACAAACACUCAAGAUUUACGCAAAGCAGUUGAACACAUGCAACUACGCGGGAUGGAUGAUAAUUGUGUACAUAUUCACGUCAAAGCACUGCCAACAGUGUUCCACCCAGAAAUGCAUUCAACAAAAUCGAAUCAUGAUCCACAAUUUUUAGGUCAAUAUCUACCGUGUUACUUGGAGGCGAUUAGCCAACAGUCGUCGAAUCGUAUCAGAUCAAGUGAGGAGAGAAAAAAGGCCUUAAAACAAAACACUUCUUUAUUAAGAGAGGAUAAUGCCUAGCGGAUAGUUGCAUAAUACAAUCAACAAUCAAUAUUUUAGGACUUGUAUAACUUUGCUUAUUAGAUUCUUUUAUCACACACAAAGCAAAAAAAAACAAUUGCAGAUACAUUUGCAGUAAGCUAUGCUUGCUCACAGAUGUCUAUCUAUCUAUACACAUUUGUCCUGUAUGCACCUAGUAUUUGACCCUCAGUUCCAUCACUUACUACACGAAAUGAUGUAUAUUUCCCCUCGGUGUAGUUUUGAAGAUUUGAAAGGGUUUAAUGAAUUCUACACCAUAAUAGAAUGCACACAAGAAGUACAUGUGUGAACUGUUCAACAUAUAUAUGUAUAACCUAG